GAAUCAAACCGAAGCGUGGCGCACGUGAAAACUUGUUGCGUUUGCGGUACGAUCUCUCUCAACUGUGAGACCUGCAGUCUCAGGUCGUUUUUUAGAGAGAGAGAGAACGAAGUCUUUUUAGAGAGAGAAAAAGAGAAUCGCAGAGAGACAAAAAUAAGCUGCCCUGAAUAGGAAACGCAGCAGGCUUUCCCACGAAGGAACCUGCAAAUGUAUAGUUGUCUCUGUAGCUCUUAAAUGGAACUGGGAUUGAGCCUCCAUAAAAGUAUUUGUAUUGAACCCAAAACCCAUUUCUUUACUCGAACCUCCGUUUCCAGGAUGCCCAAAUUUAUGGCCCCUUCUUGGGCUCCAAUUUUGAACCACACUUCAUCACUGCGCUUGCAACCCCUUCCCCCCUCUGCCGUUUCCAUGGAUUCUUCAAGAUUAGAGAAUGAGAGGUUGGACCUCAGCAAAACAUUGACUUUAGACAGUAUAAGGGAGUCCUUGAUUCGGCAAGAAGAUAGCAUAAUCUACAACCUCAUUGAGAGAGCACAAUAUUCAUACAAUGCUCCAACUUAUGACCCAGAAUCAUUUCAGUUGCCUGGUUUCAAUGGCUCGUUGGUAGAGUACAUGCUUAAGGAGACAGAGGUUCUACACUCCAAGGUGGGCAGAUACAAAAGCCCUGAUGAGCAACCCUUCUUUCCAAAUGAUCUACCGGAGCCAUUAUUGCCACCUCUCAAUUACCCACAGGUAUUACAUCCUGCAGCUGCCUCAAUUAAUAUAAACGACACCAUUUGGAAGAUGUAUUAUGAUGAACUUCUCCCAAGAUUUGCUGCUGAGGGAGAUGAUGGCAACUAUGGCUCUGCUGCUCUCUGUGAUGCCUUGUCCUUGCAAGCACUCUCUAAAAGAAUUCACUAUGGCAAGUUUGUGGCAGAAGCCAAGUUUAGAGACUCCCCACAAGAAUACACUCCUGCAAUUCGUGCUCAGGAUAAGGAUGCACUUAUGAAGAUUUUAACAUUCGAAGCUGUGGAAGCCAUGGUUCUGCGAAGAGUGGAGCAAAAGGCUAUGGUAUUUGGGCAGGAAGUAAGCCUUGAUGGCAAGGGUAGUGAAGCAGUCUACAAGAUCAAACCAUCAGUGGUUGCUCGACUCUAUGGUGAGUGGGUCAUGCCGCUUACAAAACAAGUUCAAGUUGAAUAUCUGCUUCGCCGGCUUGAUUGAGACUUAGAUGUCUUGUUGAAAUAAAUCCCCUGAAUUGAAAGGCGCAUCUGCAGUGCUCCUAUAUAUUUUCUAGGAUGGGAUAGUAUCUCUAUCUUUGACCUUUUUUAAUGAUGUACCUUGGGUUCAUUGUGGAUCUGUUAUCUGGUCCUGGAUACAACUUGUUGUCAUGGAUUAUGGAAUUUGCUUUCAUAAUGGUUACGUGUCUGUCAUUGUUCUGCAACAUGAUACCGAUUGUAUAAGGUAAGGGGCACUCUUAGUUAGCUGGGAAUUGUAACAAAGAAAAGUCUACGUUU